AGUUUGGGGUCAUGUGUUUGUUCACAAACUCUUUUACAGUCCCUUCAUAUCAUAAAUGGAGGAGAGUAGAAGAUAAAGCAAAAUCUAAAAUGGGGUUUUCAAGGUUUGCUUUGUGCCUUUGUAUCUAUGUGUUUGCAUUCACCUCCGUUGUCUUCUCGUCGGAACUUGAGCCAGAAAUCAAGGCGGCGCAAGAGGGCGACCGAGUAAAAGCGCUGCCGGGGCAGCCUCCAGUGAGGUUUCAACAAUAUGCAGGGUAUGUGACAGUUGAUGAGAAUCAUAGGAAGGCUCUUUUCUAUUGGUUUUUUGAAGCCAUACACAAUCCUGCUCACAAACCUCUCCUUUUGUGGCUUAAUGGAGGUCCGGGAUGUUCUUCAGUAGGAUUUGGUGAGGCACAGGAGCUGGGACCAUUCUUGGUUACUGAUGGACCAACGCUCAAAUUCAACAACUACACUUGGAAUAAAGCGGCGAAUUUAUUGUUCUUGGAAGCUCCGGCUGGCGUUGGAUUUUCAUAUUCAAAUACCAGUGUCGAUAUUCAAGGAGAUAAUAUUACAGCGCGGGAUUCAUACACAUUUCUCCAAAAUUGGUUGAAGAGGUUUCCACAAUACAGAUCCCAUGAAUUCUACAUAGCAGGAGAAAGCUACGCAGGGCACUAUGUACCACAACUUGCUGAGGUUAUCUUUGAUGAGAACGAAAAAACAACGAAGGAUAAUUUUAUCAAUCUCAAAGGUUUUAUUAUAGGAAAUGCGUUAUUGGAUUAUGAAAUGGAUCAAAAAGGGAUGAUUGAUUAUGCGUGGGGACAUGCAGUUAUCUCAGAUGGAGUUUAUAACUCAAUUAAGGCAAACUGUGAUUUCAGCAAACAAAAUCUAACCCAACAAUGCUUGGAUCCAUUAUUCCAAUAUUAUGAAUUAUAUGAUCUUAUCGACAUGUAUAGCUUGUACUCUCCUACUUGUCCCCUCCAACGUCCCUUUGCCUCUACGACACUCUCGCUGCAACCCAAUUCAUUUUCCAGAAUGAAAAUAUUAGGCAAAAUACCAGCAGGGUAUGGGUAUGAUCCAUGUAUCAUCAACUAUGCGACCGACUACUUCAAUCGUCCAGAUGUUCAAGAGGCAUUGCAUGCAAAUGUUACCAAAAUUUCUCGUCCAUGGCUCAUUUGCAGCACCGAGGUGAGCAAUGCUUGGAAGGACUCAGCCUUUUCUAUCAUUCCAGUAAUUAAAAAACUCGUUGACGGGGGAAUUCGUGUAUGGGUUUUCAGUGGAGAUACAGAUGGAAGAGUUCCAGUGACCUCAACAAGGUACACUUUAAAUAAGCUGGCACUGAAUAUCACAAAAGAUUGGACUCCAUGGUACAACCACAGAGAGGUUGGAGGUUGGAGUAUUCGAUAUGAAGGUUUGAUAUUCGUAACAGUGAGGGGAGCUGGCCAUCAAGUUCCUACGUUUGCUCCAAAGCGUUCUCUUCAAAUUAUCAAACACUUCCUCGCCAACAAGCACCUCCCAUCUGCUGCUUUCUGAAUUUCAAUUAAGGAUUACUUUAUCAAUCAGGUGAUAAUUAUCUUAAAAUAUAAUUAUCAUCAGUUUCUAGGAUUUAGUUUCUUUUAGGAUUAUUGUUAUUAAAUUAGAAUCAGUUUUUUUUAUUUUAUCAUAC